CUUCGGACGGAGAAAUCCAUGCAUUUCUUCUUUGGAAGGACGUGUGUGAAGACUUAUUUCGUGUUGUCGGUAAAAACGAAUCAAAAUGAAAAGUAUUUUCAUUAUCAUAUUUAUAAUCGAAGUGAAGCUUAAAAGCACAAGUGGAAAUAAUGAUACGAGCUUCGCGAACUACAAUCCAGCUGAACUUCUUGGGAAAAUCUUUAAUUUCGAUAGUGCAGAGGACAUUAGAAACAUAGAUAGCCUAUCAAACUUGGAUGCAGAUAAGGCUUUAGAACAGCAGCCACGACAGUAUGGAUUCUAUCAGACGAACCCAGGCUACGAAGGUGAACAGUUUCUGAAUACCUUUGAUGAUCCGAAUAAGAGUAAGCGAAGGAGACGCAGGAGGAAACCGAAGAAACAAAAUCUCCAGGAAGGCCAAGAGUUUUCUGGGUUUCCGGAGCAAAAUCCUAAUUUCGGAUAUUUUGAUACUAAUAACCAAGUUCAUAGGCCCACUCGACGUCCUCCCAGACCGAGUAUCGCAUCCGGAGCCCUAAACUCCAUCGUCGGAGCUCUAACUUCCAUAGCCCUUUAUGACGACCGACAAUGCGUUCCAAGGCUACUCUGUGAGGCUGCUGGUGGUGGAAGCCUUGGUUCCUCGUCAUUAUUGAACUCUGUCAGUGGACUACAGCCUUUGCUAACACUUCUCUCAGCUUACAACGGACUUAGUACAUCUCCCCUUUUCGUCUUCGGUCGAGCUGUCUUCCUCGGAAUGACCUCAAAAGACAACCCUGGUACCUGUCGUUACGCUUACCCCACGUGCCCCACAGACCCCGAGCAACUGGUUUACUAUCUUAACAACCACAACGGUGGCUUCUUCCGAUUCUUUAACGCUCCACACCUAUCUCAACCUCACGGGCAAAACGUGCAGCAAUUGUACCAACAUUUGUCUGGUCAAUAUGGCUUACUACCAAACUCUGGUUACGAAGAAAACAGUCCAGCUUACGCCCAAAAGCCUGGACUUUACGGUAAAAUCCAGAAUUACGACCGAGAUAACACGAUUGAAGAAAGAAUACAAAAUAAACCUAAUAAAAACUUGAAUGAAUUUGUAGAAGACAGAGAUACCAAUUGGAGAUUUCCUGAUGAGGUCAAUAACGAUUUUUACGAAGAAGAUGAUGUCAUAAGAGAUAACGCGCCUAGUAUAAGGGAGGUUAAGAGUUUAAAGUUCCCAGAUGAACUAAGUUAUCUUACACCGAAUUACAAACAAGACAUAAAUUAUAACAAAUACUCUGAUACAAAAAGAGGAAAGAUGAUUUCAUUCCCGUUUAAUGAAAAAUACAAAAUAUAUUAUAAUAAUUACGAGAAGCCGGACUACAAAGAUUAUGUUUAUGAUUAUAAACACAAGAUAUAUGUGAAGAAACAUAAUGAUGACGAUGGUUAUAAAACAGUUUAUGUGGUCAGAGGGGAUGGCGAUGUAAAUCAUCCUGAGGUAGUAAGGCUUAGGCCUGGAGAAUCUUUACCGAAAUAACUAUAAGAGGUAAUAAAUGGAUAGAAUAUUUUAAUUACUCUUAAUCUUGGGGCGAAAAGGAUACAAAUAACCGAUUGGGAUACAGUGUUUUCUUAAUUGAUUAAAUUUUUAGAAAUAAACAGAAAACUAAUUUGAUUUUUUUUUUCUUAUUAAAUAUUCUUUGUAUUGGUAUUUAACUUUUAUUAUUCAAUGUAGUGUUUGUUUAUGUCAUUAUUUAUUAAUUGAUAUUAGAAUUAUUGUAAUAACAAUAUUGUUUCACAUUUAACGACCUCAAUUUUAUUUUCUAUAUUUUAUCAUUGUACCGGAUAUACUCGACGGAUACAAGUUCACAUACACUUCGAAUCGAAAUAGAUUUCGCAAAAAUACUCUCUCCCGUUGGGAACUAUUCUCGGACCGUGUGGUAUGGCAGUCACUUGAUAGAAACAGGUCAUGGACGUAAACAAUACCAGGGAAAAUAAUUAUAAAGGACGCAUCUUUUUCCUAAAUAUUGUUAUUAAUUUUUUAUUGCAUGGAUCGUAUGGACGAGCUCACAGCCCGCCUGUUGUUAAGUGGUUACCGGAGCCCAUAGACAUCUACAACGUAAAUACCGCCACCCAUCGUCUGAUUUGAGUUUUAGAUCUCAGGUCUCAGUAUAGUUACAAUGGCUGCCCUACCCUUCAAACCGAAACGCAUUACUGCUUCACGGCAGAAACAGGCAGGGUGGUGGUACCUACCCGUACGGACUCACAAGAGGUCCUACCACCAGUCGCUGGUGGCCUCAACGGCUUAAUUCAGUUUCACCGGCUUGGUAAGUGAGCUCACGGGGCUCAACCUGAGGGAACUUUGCUAACACUGGCCCUAGCAAGAGCAAUGCUACGUUGAAUCUACCAGUGCAUCGGAAUCCUACUGAGUAGAUCCGACGUGCAACUCAGUGGGUUGAAAUACGCAGAAUCUCUGCACGAUCCUCAUACUCACAAAUCAAGUCAAUCAGUUUCAUUGCAUCUCGUAAUGACCGAGUGUGAUUCGGGAAUUAAAAUAUACAAAAUCAUUUAACGAUGUCCUUAACUUUAUUUAUCAAGCUUCUCGAACGUUCAACUUUACACCUUACGAUUAUUUACAAUGAACGAUUUGUCGUUACGUUUUCUUCUAUAUUAUCUUAUUUUAAGUAGUUAUUUUUAGUAGAUAUUGUAACGGAAGUGGUUUUUUUUUCCAAUAAAUGCAAUAAAAAAUUAUGGUUUUUAAUUUACA